CACAUGGAUAUUAGUCACACAUUUGAUUGUAAUUUUUCUUUGUUAUCGCUAGUCUGCAUUGUCAAAUAAUAUCUCAUAUACUGCGUUUUAUACAUUUCUCUGACAAAACAAACGGACAGACUGGUCACAAAAUAAUCAAAGGACGAACAUAACCAUUCUACGUUUCAAACUUGAAAUGUCACUAUCUUGGAAGUCCCCUCAAUCUCAUGAAUCAGAAAAUGACAAGAAUAAUGUGAGCAGAAAAUCAGUUAUCUUAAGUUUAUUGAGUCCAAACAAAGGAAGAUUAUUUGGAAGCAAUACGUCCAUCGCUGAUAUGCCCUGUAGCGUACACUUGUUGGAUGAUCGUUGCAUGUCCGUUUCAGUAUCAAAUAAAGCAUUUGGAAGAUGUUUACUUGAAGUUGUUUGUGAACGUCUUGAUGUUCUUCCAUAUAUAUCCUAUUUUGGACUUCGUUAUUCUGACAAUAAUGGUAUGAAUCAAUGGAUCAAUUUAAAUGACAAAAUUAGUAAACAGCUUAAAGAAGUUAAAAAUUCCACGUUUGGUUUUCGAUUUAUUUAUUAUCCAAACAAUCCAUUGGCGUGUUUCCCUAAUGAAACAAUUCGUUAUUUACUUUUCCUUCAGUUGAGAAGGGAUUUUUAUGUUGGUCGUUUAAGAGCACAAGCAAUGAAGAUUUAUGAAUUAGCAGCAUAUGCUAUACAAGCUGAACAUGGUCUCAAGGAGAUUCCUCAAGGUUUUGACGUGGAUACUAUUCCUGGUGGUAUGCGUGUCCUUCCUCAACUAACAAAACCUAUUGUACGGCGAAUCAAAAAUCAGCUUGAACAAAUCAUUGGCAUGUCUAAAUCUGAAGCUGUGGAAAAAUUCAUCGAUGAAGCGUCAAAAAUUGAAACCUAUGGCAUGGAACCUUUUCAGGUGCAAGAUCAACGCCAAAAUGGUUUAUGUAUUGGAUUUAAUUAUAAAGGUAUUUCUAUAUUCAAGGAUGGUUGCAGUAUCAAUGUGUUUGAAUGGGCAUUUAUCAAAAACAUUUAUCCAGAAAAAAAGAAUUUGGUUUUAGUCGUUAGUGGAAAACCGUCAGAGGAUGACAGAGAUCUUGUUCUCGGGUUCAAAUGUAAAUCGCCUUCAGAAGCCAAAACUUUAUGCUUACGAGCACUCAACUGUAAAACAUUCAAAGAAGUACAAUUACAGGAGAUGUCUCUUAUUCCUCGACCUUUUAGAACAUCUAACAUUUUAGCUUAUCGACCAUCAGAAAUUAUUAAUCAAGAUUCUUUAAGUGACUCUUCUGAUAGUUCACAGUAUGCUUCACUAAAAUGUAAAUAUACUCCAACUGUAAAUAUUCAAACAGAUGUAACAACAGCAGCAACAACAACAACAACAAUGGCAACAAAAAAAUCACAUAAGAAUUCAACUAGUUCAGAAGCAAGUGAAAAUACAGCAUGGCCAAUUGAUUUUACAGCAUUCGUUGGAAAAGAAUGUAUUGCUAAUAAUGAUGUUAAUCAAGACAAUACUAAUCAAAAUAAUGAUGAUCAAACACAUAGAAUAAAUAUAUCAUAUUUAGAUCCCCCAUCAAAACCGGUGAAUAGAGUAAGUCCACGAACUAGUUUUGGCGGAAGUAUGGACUUACCUAUACCAAGUGAAAAAAAACUACAAGUUUCUGAGUUAUCAUGGAAAUCUAAACCGGUUCAUCGGUUAGUUAAUUCAUCUUCUAUCAAUGUGAACAAUGAAGAUGAUAAGUAACCAAAUUUAUCUCAGUUGAAUAUUAUCAAUUAUUAAUAAUAUCAAGUACAAUGAAUAGUAUAUUCUUUUCUCUCCUAUUCUUUUGACAACUAUUAAAAUAAACAAAAAAUAUAACUACCGAUGAAUUAUACAUCACUUUUGAGUGAUUCAUUACUAUUAUUAUUAUUAUCAACAUCAACAUCAUGAAUAUUAUCUAAUAUGAUAAUGAAUCUGAAUGGAUGUAUUCAGUUCUUUGUUUUUUUUCUUCUAAUCAUUAUCGUAAUUUGAUAGUGUAUAUUCAUGUAUUCAUGUAAUUUGUUUUCUCUUCAAUCAUUCACUAUUAUGAAUUCAUAUUAAAAGAACAAUAAAAGUAAACAAAAAAGAAAAGAAAAUAUGAAUUCCAUAGAUUUAUGUCUUUCAUAAUGUAUAUUGUAAAAAAAAAGAACAUAGUUCGUUUUAUUCCUUAUUUUAUUCUCGUCUUCAUUUUUUUUUCUCUCUUCCAAUUUCUACUACACAUUGUAUCACUUAAUGUAAAGAUUUAAAGUAAAGCAGACAAAUGAAAUGAAUUAAUUUUAUAUAGUUUUAUUGUUUACUAAUAGUAAUAAGGAUAAUAUUGUUUUCUUUUUUGGAUUUUCAUUUGUUUGUUUACUCGUUUAGUCUCUUUUUUUUUGUUUUUCCUUUUUUUUCUCUCUCUAUUUCAUAUGAUUAAUUGAAUGAAAAACAAACUAUUUUGUUAUGUCAUAACAUGAUUGAAGAUUUUUCAAUUCAAUUAUCAGAUUUAAAUAAUAAUCUUAGAAAGAAGUAAUUUAUUUUGAUUAUUAAAAUGAUUCGUUAUUAGUUGAGCAAAAAUAGACUAAUUAACAUCAUGUAUUACUGAAGAACAAUAUUAGUAACUAUGCCAUGAUUAUUAAUAUUAUUAUUAAUAGUCGAUUAUUUGCACGUUACUUAUUUUUGGAAAUUUCUUUUCAGUUGAUGAAUUUUUUCUUAUUUUUUGUCUACAUUUUAUUUAUUCUUUUAUUCUACCUUUUGAAAUUCAAUUCUUAUUUGUAUAUUCCAUUUUGUUUUGUCAAUUCAAGGAUGUUGCUUAUUAUUAUUACCUGUUUGGAUAACAAUAUGUAAUUGGUAAAAAGAAGGGGUGAGGGUGGUGAGGGGUGGAUGAGAUGAGAUGGAUAUACUUGUUUAUCAUUACCUGUCUAUUUAUUAUGUUUUAGGUGUAAUACAUUGGUUGAUUUUAUUGUUUUUAUUCUGUGUUGUGUAAAUGAUAAAUAGAUUGUAUAAAAAUAUAUAUGAAAUGAUGUUUUUUUUCAUUGAA